UCAAUUCGAUCUCAAUAUAAUGACUUCGAGCCUCAUCAUCACUGCCGCAGCUCACGAUCCGCACAACACUCACGCUUCGGCCAUUGGCUUCCAAUCACCAUCAUUUCUCUCGCCAUCUUCUCCACCAUUGUGUCUGGCAUAUUCUGGGUUACCGCGCUGAGAGGGCCAAAAUGGGGUAGACGGAUCCGGACAAAUGGAGGAGCCAUAACUCCUUCCACUGCGGCUUUCCUGACUUCAGCACUCGCUAAGCUCGUCGAACUUGCAUUUGUGACCGUGGUCGUUGCCUUUGUUGGCCAAGCCCUUGCUCGAAGAGCUUUCAAACUGGAGAAUGCACGGGGCGUGACUUUAGCUGAGAUGAGCAUGCGCACUUGGAUCAUGCAGCCAGGAACCAUGGUGACGCACUGGGAGAGCGUCCGUUAUGCUGCGGCCUCAUCACUUGGGUUCAUCUCGUUGCUUGCGGCGCUUGUAGCAAUGCUUUACACCUCAGCGGCUACCGCUCUCGUUCAACCUCAGCUCAAGUUCAGCAACUGGGAGCCUGCGUAUCUCGGCGGUCUGGUCCAGACGCAAUUCGCCAACAUCGACUAUAUUGCCAAGCACUGCAAAACGCCCAUACAAGAGAACUAUGACACUUUCGACAAUGGUAAAGCCCGAAGGACCAGUUGUCUGGAACUGGAGCAUGCGGCUCUAGCAUAUCACAAUUAUAACACUUUCCUGGGGACAUGGACCGAUAGCAUCAACAAUGGCAGCGGUGGCGCGAUUUGGGACACGAGACCGAAAGGAUACGCUUUGCACCACGACAACACGACUAUAAGCGCUCCAUGGAUCAACAGACAUGAUAUCAGCGUGGUGUCUGCGGAGAAACCCAAGCGGUUCAUCAACAACGCGACUAUGGCGGUUCCGCAUAUCGGUGUCAUCCAGGCAGCGUUAGAUCCCAUGAACCAACUCAUGCAACCUGACGAUAUGGACGGCGUUCAGAUCAACAUUCGCGCCAGUACGCCGUCGCCUUUCGUGAACGUGCUUUGCGUCACAUUGCACAAGCAGGAUCUGAAGCCAUUCGUUUACAGCAUGUGGGACGGAGUUGAUCCUGAUUGGAAUUACUCCAUGGGCUACGGGUAUCCCAACAAGUUCCUCAACGGUACUGACUACGAUGACAUCUUUCAGUGGGGCGAGAAGUACGGCGCUUCCAAGUAUCCUCCUGUGUUUCCACGUCUUCCUAUCGACUACAACACCUUGAUCAACGACACCACUGGACUGGGCUGGGGCCGUAACACAGUGUACAUAUUGGGAAAGGUGACCACCGACGACGGGACCCCGAAUGGCAACGGGACGAACUACGCCCUAUGUCAACUGCAGGUCGGACUUACUGAGUCUUGCUCAACUCACUACAACGCAUCAAUCAGUGGAGCAUCCAUGUCAGCGGUGUGCGAGGACGAGGCUGAUGAACUAAUGUACCGCAAGAACAACAAUGUCACAUUAUCUGGCAGCCGCACCCUGAGCGUGGAUAUAGCCAACGUCCUCGGCGAUUGGGCGAGAAGUCUAUCGCUUGGUACUGGCAUCACAGACGCGAAUGCUUCCAACUCGAGAGUCCUCACCCAGAUGAUCGUGACAAAAGAAAAGUUCAAUACUGGACUACCUUCCCUAGCUGAGGCUCUAGCCGUCCUGACUGGGUGUACUGUCAUUCAGUCUAUCAUCGACUCUCCGUUCGUGCUUCAGGACUGGAACUACACGCUUCCCACCGUUUCGCCUGGCAACUACGAAUAUUUCAAGGCCUCCGUACGAGCACAGCAGUACAUCAGCGGCGGUAACCAGGACUACCAGAAGGGAUUCCACUUGGUACUAUUCACCGUCUUCAUCAUGAGUCUAUUAAUCACCAUUUACUUCCUGGCUCACAAGACCUGGUACACAGACCUCAGCGAACCUACGACUCUCUUCAGCGUUGCAGUCAACUCUCCUCCGAGCGACAAGCUGGCGGGAAGCUGUGGCUGUGGACCUACCGGAGAUCAGUAUCGAGUCAGCUGGAAGCUCAACAACGACGAAGGACAUUUUUACUACGAA